AGAUAAAAGCCAGGAAUGGCAUCCGGGACCUCGCGGGGGCGGGCGAGAUUUCUACCACGAAUCACAACCCCACACAUAAACUGUAUUCGUCUUCAUAAAUACCCUUUUGGUCAGAUUUUCUUUGGCUUGGUGAUGCAGAAGGGCGAUGUCCUGCAGUUCCAAAACUCCUCAGUAGGGGCGUUUCGUCCGCAGGGCCGUUUCGGCCACAGAGGCUUUGCUGCAGAGGAAAAGCGGAAAGGGCAAAGCCUGAGGGCAAAGGAGCACACUUUCGCAUCCCAAAGGAGGCUGCUGCAGUUUGGGUCGUGUCGGCCAGGUCUCCUGUGUAACCAUUCCAGGCAGCAAAUGAUAAUCAUUGAAAAAUGUCACUUUCUUUUGUCUCCUGCAGUUGUUAAGUGGUCCGAAAAUCCCAAUCUGGUGCUGCAGGACCUGUGCGAUACGCCGCCACCAUCGGGCGGGGCCCAAUUCGUCCUCGAUGACGUCAGCCAGGUUGCGUCGGGCUGCGAAAGGCGGGGCCAACAAGGCCAACGUACGUCCCCGCGCGCGCGGGCUCGGUUUUCAAUUAGGUCCGAGACCGGCUCAUAUAAACGGGUUCUUUCCUCUAGCAGCUAUUUCUCUGCAGCUGGUUCGUACUGCGGUGGCUUGACGAUGUCUGGACGUGGUAAGGGUGGAAAGGGUCUUGGGAAAGGCGGUGCUAAGCGCCACCGUAAGGUGCUGCGUGAUAAUAUCCAGGGUAUCACCAAGCCUGCUAUCCGUCGUCUGGCUCGGCGUGGCGGUGUCAAGCGCAUCUCCGGCCUCAUUUAUGAGGAGACUCGGGGGGUGCUCAAAGUCUUCCUGGAGAACGUGAUCCGGGACGCCGUCACUUACACCGAGCACGCUAAGCGCAAGACGGUCACGGCCAUGGAUGUGGUCUACGCGCUCAAGCGCCAGGGGCGCACUCUGCCAUCAGAUCUUCACCAUCGCGCAGGUCGUUUCAGUAUGGCUCGGACCAAGCAGACAGCUCGUAAGUCCACCGGCGGCAAGGCGCCCCGUAAGCAGCUGGCCACCAAAGCUGCCCGCAAGAGCGCCCCGGCCACCGGCGGCGUGAAGAAGCCCCACCGCUACCGGCCCGGCACCGUGGCGCUGCGCGAGAUCAGGCGUUACCAGAAGUCCACCGAGCUGCUGAUCCGCAAGCUGCCUUUCCAGCGGCUGGUGCGCGAGAUCGCGCAGGACUUCAAGACCGAUCUGCGCUUCCAGAGCUCGGCCGUCAUGGCGCUGCAGGAGGCGUGCGAGGCCUACCUGGUGGGGCUGUUUGAGGACACCAACCUGUGCGCCAUCCAUGCCAAGCGCGUCACUAUCAUGCCCAAGGACAUCCAGCUGGCCCGCCGUAUUCGCGGGGAGAGGGCACACCGCGUGCUUGGCCAGCUCCCCGGGCAACAACAGACGCACGGCCGUCUGGAUCUCCCUGGAUGUGAUGGUCGAGCGCUUGUUGUAAUGUGCCAAGCGCGAUGCCUCGCCCGCGAUACGCUCGAAGAUGUCAUUGACAAAGGAGUUCAUGAUGCCCAUGGCCUUGGACGAAAUGCCUGUGUCCGGGUGGACCUGCUUCAGCACCUUGUAGACGUAGACAGAGUAGCUCUCCUUGCGGCUGCGCUUGCGUUUCUUGCCAUCCUUCUUCUGCGCCUUGGUCACCGCCUUCUUGGAGCCCUUCUUCGGGGCAGGAGCGGACUUAGCUGGUUCAGGCAUGGUGUUAUCAGAGAUAACCAUUUACUCAAAAUAACUUGGGAUGGGUAUGGGCCGCUUGAGGCGCCUAUGGCGGCUGCCGACAUCGCUCUACCGUACCCUUCUCCGGAGCCUACCCAGCCACUGUCGCCACUGAAGCAUACAUACUACCCUACUUUCCUGUCUCCAAUGCUGGUUGGCUAUAGUGUGUUUUUGGUGAAAGUUUACACAGCAAAUGAGCAGAAGCACAGGGGCGGGGACUCAAUACAGCUUCCCGCCUUUUCCAUCCUUUCAGUUUUCAAAAAGGUCCGCUCAAUCGACAUAUAUGAGCUGCAGCGGGUGAUUGGCUUACUCAACCCUUUUACUCGGUUCUGUAUAGCUAUGUCUGGUCGUGGCAAGGGCGGUAAAGGCCUGGGGAAAGGCGGCGCCAAGCGCCAUCGCAAGGUUUUGCGGGACAACAUCCAGGGUAUUACCAAGCCCGCUAUCCGUCGCCUGGCUCGCCGAGGCGGUGUUAAGCGCAUCUCCGGCCUCAUCUACGAGGAGACUCGGGGGGUGCUUAAGGUCUUCCUGGAGAAUGUGAUUCGUGACGCUGUCACCUACACCGAGCACGCCAAGCGCAAGACAGUUACAGCCAUGGAUGUGGUCUACGCGCUCAAGCGCCAGGGGCGCACCCUCUACGGCUUCGGCGGUUAAGCUUGCACCUACCUGCUAGAUUUCUGUAGCCACGCUAUAAGGGCCCUUUUCAGGGCCACCUCCAUUUUCUUUUAAGGAGCUUGCACUUAACGUGCCCAGAGAGAAUACAACGCCUCAUCCAUAACUGCAAUGUGAGGAGUUACUUGGGUGCAUGAGGAAAAAUCAGUAUAAGCUUCGCUUAACAUAGUUGGGUGUUUUACUCUAUUCCUCGUAACAGGUGUCACAUGGAGCACUUAAUCUCAUGUUUGACAGGUAUGUAUUUAGUGGGCUCAAGUGCCACAGGUGUGGAUAAAGUAGGAAGUCUUGACAGUCUGGCAUCAGACAAUAUGAAUCUUAGAUAUGAUGCUCCUAUAAGGCAGCUAUUUUUUCUUUAUCAAGAGUAAAGUACUGUAAUUGCUCAAAAAAAAAAAAGAAAAAUUCCCCCAAA